AAAAAGGGCAGGACUUGAGAAAGGUUAAGCUGCAGGCUCCCUGCCCACAAAACAGGGUGUGAAAGGCAUCUGAGCAGCUGCCCCACCAUGGUUACCUGGGCCCUCCUUCUCCUUGCAGCCAUGCUCCUGGGCAACCCAGGCCCUGCCUCCGCAUCUGUGUGGUGAAGGCCAUUGGCCUUCAUCGGUGGAUCUGCGUUUCCUCAGGCCUACACUGUCUAGGAUUGUGCAGGGCUGGUGAGAGAACGGGGUCUCUUCCCUGCUCAAGGCAGACUUCCUGCCCCCUGCACCCUGCUGUCUCCCAGGCCUUGGGGUCAGUGUGAGCCCCAAGGGCAAGGACACUUCUGGAAGGGAGAGUGGAUUUGGCUGGGCCAUCUGGCUGGAAGGUAAAAAAAGAAAAUCUCUUGAAAGGAGAUUGAGGGAAGUUUCUAGACAAACUGACCCCCAAAUCUGUGUUGCUGGCAGAACAGAGGAGAAGAGAAAGUCUUGCCGCCCUCCUGGCUUUCUAGAAGGAAAGUGAGAACAUGUGUUUGUGCUGAGAGUGGGUCAGAGCGGCUCCAGGGCAAAGCAUGUGGACAGGUUUGGUCUUGUCUCGUCUGAGCCCUGAGUACUAUGAAGUGGCAACAGCCCACCUGUGUGACAAGGAGCAAUCCUGCCCGUGCCUGGCCCAGGAGGGCCCCCAGGGUGACCUGUUGAUCAAAAUGCAGGAGCUGGGCUUCGACUGCAAGAUCUGUCUGAGGAUAAUCCAGACACUGAAAGCUAUGGUGAAUGAGCCCACCCAGAGAAGCAUCUCCAAUGCUGAGGCCCGUGUGUGUAGGAUGGUGAGGUCACAAUGGCGCGACGUCUGCAAAAAUUUCAUGAGGAGGUAUCAGCCUAGAGUUACCCAGGGCCUCCUGGCCGGAGAAACUGCCCAGAAGAUCUGUGUGGACCUCAGGUUGUGUGAACCUUCUAUGGGCCCCACAAUCUGCUCAGGCUGCCGACUGGCUUCCAGGAUGUGCCACUGGGUUCCCUCUGAGCCCUCUCACCCUGUCCUGUGGAAGAAGCACAGGCUCCUGUCCUCAGAUCCCGGGAACCUCAGCAACCUCUGCCGGCUCCUCGCUUCCUCGGUCCAGAAUCCACUCUCCAGUCUCCCUUCCCCGACUCCCUCUGCUGCGCUCCCCUCUCAGGAGAAUAAAGUGUCAAGCAAGAUUUUAGCCGCAGCUUCUUCUCCUUUGGUGGAUUUGAGGGCUGGGUGGCCAGAGUGGGGUCAAGUGGGGGACCAUGGAGGAGGACAUGAGAUCCUAACAGGUCACCUCAAACUGCUGUACAAGCCCAGCAACCCUGACCGCUCCCCCUCCCACAACCCGCAAAGGUCAAGGCCAGUGCCAAGAAGUGUGGGGAGGGCGGGUGUUCCACUGAAGUGUGUCCCGAGAUGUUUCCAGAAGGAGGAUGACGGGGGUGGUGCUGAAGAGGCUCUGCCAUGGGAAAUGGAGCCGGAGAUGCUGGCCAGAACUCUGGGUUCUCUGGAAGUGGAGCUCAGAUAUUUGGAGAUUGCCAAUAGAAGUCAAUGUGACAGAGCUUGCCCUGUUUCCUGGGCCGUGGGCUCUGGGAACUGGCAUCUCAGAGCCUCAUGGCCCAGAGGAGCUGUGGAGCUACCCCUGUUCACAUUCGUGAAGCCACCCAGCACCCUUAGGCAGAGCACCGAUGGGAGAGAGGAGGUACAAGGCCUGGAAGAAGCAUCUGGAGGAGCUGAUGGGUGGUGGCUCUACCUGGGGCUGAGAGCCAGCUGUGGGAACCUCCAAGAGAAGGGAGAUGGAGAGCCCUGCUCAGAAAAAGUGGCCUAUGAAGCUGUGGCUGGGUCCCCAGCAUCCUCGGCCUUCCUUGUUCAUGGAGGAGGUGUCCUGUGGGUGUGGGGACAGUGGGCUCAGGAGUAG